AUGGCGCAACAAGUUUCUGCAAUCGGUUUUGAAGGUUACGAAAAAAGACUCGAACUAACAUUCUUCGAGCCCAGCAUCUUUUCCGACCCGAAUGGUCAAGGUCUUCGGGUCCUCUCCAAGACCCAAAUCGACGAAAUUUUAACCCCAGCUGAAUGCACAAUCGUGUCUUCUCUCUCCAACGACCACGUUGACUCUUACGUUCUCUCGGAAUCGAGUCUUUUCAUUUUCCCAUACAAACUCGUAAUCAAAACAUGUGGGACCACCAAGCUUUUGUUGUCGAUUCCAGCUAUUCUGAAGCUAGCGGCGACACUCUCUCUCACUGUCCGAUCAGUGAGAUAUACACGUGGCAGUUUUAUAUUCCCCGGAGCUCAAUCUUUCCCACAUAGAAGCUUCACCGAAGAAGUUUCAGUUCUCGAUUCCCAUUUUGAGAAACUCGGGUUAUCAAGCAAAGCUUAUGCAAUGGGUGCUUUUGACAAGCCUAACAAGUGGUACGUUUAUUCCGCUUUUGCCAAUUCCGAUUCCGGAGUUGCUGAUUCUGAUUCCGGUGACGUGUACACGCUCGAGAUGUGCAUGACGACUCUAGACCGUGAAAAAGCUUCUGUUUUUUACAAAACCGAGUGGAGUUCUGCGGAAACAAUGACGAACGAUUCCGGUAUCCGUUCGAUUCUCCCAAACUCUGGAAUCUGCGACUUUGAAUUCGACCCGUGUGGGUACUCCAUGAAUGGAAUUGAGGAUUCUGCUGUUUCUACUAUUCAUGUGACUCCAGAAGAUGGGUUUAGUUACGCGAGCUUUGAGGCUGUUGGGUAUGACUUGAAGGAGGUUGGAUUGGAAAGCCUUGUGAGAAGGGUGUUGGAUUGUUUUGAGCCGGGUGAGUUUUCGGUUGCUGUUGGUGGUGGAAUUGGAAACGGAAUUGGAAGCGGAAUUGAGAUUGAAGGGUAUGGAGUGGAAGAAAAAAGUUAUGAAGAAAUUGGUGGUGGAGAAUCGAUUGUGUAUCUGAAGUUUGUGAAGGAAGGUGGGAGCUGCUGUGGGUCUCCGAGGUCUGUGUUGAAAAGCGGAGGGUGGAAAGAGAAGGAGAAUGAAGAAAAGGAGUAUGAGUAG